AGAAGAAAAAAAAUCCACAAGUUCUGGAAGCUACUAGAACUCAAGAAGGAAUGUUCAGACAGAGAGAAAAGAGAUGUAACCGAAACUACUAGAAGUUGCAGAAGCACACACCACAUUUCUCCAGAACCAUCCAUUACUUCACUUCUCAAGUCCUUGUUCAACACACCCACCCUAUAAAUUCCCAAUCCACAUCACCUCUGUCUCCUCAGAAAAGAUCCUCAACAAACAAAAUUUCAUUCAGCGCCAAUGGAUUUCAGGUUGAUGGGUUUGGAGUCUCCAUUGUUCCACACUCUGAACCAGAUGAUGGAUGUUUCAGAUCACGACACUGCAUCCGACAAGACAAACAAUGCUCUAACACAGACUUACGUUCGAGAUGCAAAGGCAAUGGCUGCGACUCCAGCAGACGUGAAGGAAUAUCCGAAUUCCUACGUGUUCGUGAUCGACAUGCCGGGGUUGAAAUCCGGGGACAUCAAGGUUCAGGUGGAAGAUGACAAUGUGCUUGUGAUAACUGGUGAGAGAAAGAGGGAGGAAGAGAAAGAAGGGGUUAAGUAUUUGAGGAUGGAGAGAAGGGUUGGCAAAUUCAUGCGUAAAUUCGUGCUUCCUGAGAAUGCUAACACAGAUGCUGUCUCUGCUGUGUGCCAAGAUGGGGUUCUCAGUGUUACUGUGCAGAAAUUGCCACCACCUGAGCCAAAGAAGCCAAGGACUAUUGAGGUUAAGAUUGCUUGAAGCAAUGAAGCUUUCAAUUCAGUGCUCGUGAGUGGUGAACCUAACUCGUAUGCUAGCUUGAAUAAUGUGAUGUGAAAUUGUGUACUUUUAAUUUAAUUAAGAAAUUUUGGCCCUUUCUUUGAGGCAGAGGAGUACAACCCUGUUUUGUAAUGUGAGAUGGUUCUUUGUUAUUUUGUGUUUUUCAUUGAAAUGAAUGGUAUGAUGAUCAAUGCUCUGCUUAAUGUGGCUGCGUGAUCUGGUGCCAAAUGGUUUGUUGUUCUUUUAUGUUGAAUUUGAAUUCACGUGGCCUCUGCUUUUUCAUUUGUA